UCAUGAAACCUUAAUGAGUCUAGCAAUUAUCUAACUGUGUACAGUCACCUAUGUAAUUAGGUGAUAAACUAGACGUAUUUGGGUUUCGUGAAUAUGGGCCCUUCUGUUGGUCAAUAUAGGACAUACCGUCAAUGGAUUUCGGUUUCCUAGCGCUCUUCAAACAUGGUUUAUUGGAUCAACGUCGCUCUUGUCUACAAGACAGUUAUUGUUAACUCAGUCGCUGUUGUCUUUUGCGUAAAGUGCAAAGUUUGCGGCUGCCAUUAACCUUAACAAAAUAAGUCGCCCUAUUUCCAGUUACCAUUUUAGUUCUAAAGAAACCACACCAGCAUGGCCGGUAGGUAGACUUUCAACGUUUCCACAACUUUGCAGUCACUUGAUUGGUAAUCGGGAUGAGAAGAGCCACUCAUAUCCGUUUUCGAGAACUUAAAAAAUCACGGAUCAUAAUCAUGAUAAUAGUACGGCCAUGAGGACUGGAAUCAGUUGCUUUGAAACGAGUAUCUCAUUGGAUCAGGUUUCAUUCUGUUUCCAGUUGGUGAGAGAUAUUAUCGUGGCAAGAAUCGCCUAAUAGGAAAAUACAUUUUGAAGAUAUUUAACAAGGAUAUCAACCAGGGCACCAUGGAUACAAAAAGGGCCCCGCCUACAAGACACAACAGAAUUAGAACUUACUCUGAACAUUCAGACAGCGACUGGCCUCUUUCAAGAUACCAGUUGACGUCAGAGGUCACGAGGGAUUUUAUGCCUUUUGCACUGGUCAUCAUUUUCGUCACCGCCUUGUUCAUAGCAACUACUAUCGUCUACCUCCAUACGAUUUCCGGUCCAAUGCUGCGCGCAUCGGCAGAAAGGGCGCAAGAACUUACGAGAUCAGAACUGUCUCUACAGGGUAACGACGAAGGGUAUUCACGAUCUGUAAUAUACUCAUCACCGCGAGGUGAUAUGUGCUUCCUGAGGUCAAAGUUGACGAAGGCGGGUAUGCCAACGAUACAUUCAAUUUUCGCUGAUCCUGUUUCUCAUAACGUUGUUAUUGUCGGUGUGCGUCUUCAGCACUGGGACUGGCAAAAUGAUUCUUUUGUGUGCGAAUACGAUAAUGGUCAGCGCGUAUCAUGCGAUGCCGUUGUUAGUGACGAUAGAAGCUUUGGAUAUAGACCGCAGUAUGUUAUCAUUAUAACUUGUCCAAUACCAGCAAGUCUUCAAGAAAGGGCAAACUUUUCAGUUUCUCUUUAUCGCGCUGUAGACGGCGCUUUUUCAAGAACAUCUUCGUACGAGAAUAUAACCGUGUGCUCCUCUGGCGCCUCAAAACGACAACGCCGCAUGUUGAGUGUUUGCACGAUGCUGAAGGAUUCGGAUGAAUUCGUUCCUGAUUGGGUAGCAUUCCAUCGACACGUCGGAGCAAAUCACAUCUUCAUUUACGACAACCAAGAACAAGAACUGAGCAAACUCCGAGAAACCGUAGCCAAGGAAAUCGAGAGUGGCUUUGUUACAGUCAUACCUUGGUCUCACCAGUCAACACCUUGUAAAAACUAUCUUGAAGUGCAGAUCGCACAUGAGAACGAUUGCCUGUGGAGAAAUCGCCAUAUAUCAAAAUGGAUGAUCAAAAUCGACGUAGAUGAAUACGUCCAGCCAAUGAAUCCGAACAAACCGCGGAUCACAGACUACCUAUCCGAUCCGCUGUAUGACCGGGUUGGAGCUGCCCGCUUGCAGAACUGGUUUUUCGGUAGACCAAAUACAAGCAUACCGCUAGGUGGUCAGUCACUCAUACAAAGAAAUCAAUGGAGAUCUGCGGAACCCACGGAACCGAAUGCAUCGCACGACAAAAAUAUCUUGCGGCCAAUCAACGUGCAUUAUUUCAAAAUUCACGCAAUGAAACUUGGAGGUUCUGCCGUUACACUAGACCCUUGGAGGGAGCUGCGUCUAGUGCAUUAUCGAGGAGACAAUCCGAGGAAGCUCAACUUCAAACUGCCGGAUUUCAGCGUUCAAGAUAGUAGUAUGUCGGAUACCAUGGAUUUAAUUGCGAAACAGAAGCUUUAAGGUCAAUCCACCCCAUCGAUAAGUUCGAAAUCAGAUAAUCAUAAUAGGCACAUAUAUCGCUAUAUUUCCUGAAAUUUGGAUAUGUAAUAGUAAAGAAAGUAUAACUUUCUUAUUUCAUAUCCGAUUGCGAUUUUCGCUUAUUGGAUUUUCUUCAUAUAGGCCU